CACAUGAGCAAACUUUUCAUCACAGGUGCAAUUCCUAAAAAAUCUAACCUGCUUAGCAAGGGAGCAAGAAAACCUGCUUGACUCAGAGAACAGAGUGUUCUGGCAGUCCCCGCAUGGUAGAGGGGACCCGCAAGCAGGUGGCAGGGUGCUGGUGCUGUUUACCCUGAGGGAGCAAGUGUGUGUGCUGGAAAGAGCUGAUAGCUCUAAUGGAUCGAAUGGAGCUGCAAAAGGUCAACAUCGAACCUGAUGAUCAGAGCAACAGUGGGGAAAGCCUUGAAGACAACUACCCGGAGCUGGCUGAUUCAGAAAAGGCUGCAAUUAGCAGACCAUUUGUUAGUGAUGAUGCAGAAAGCCAGAAGUUCCUUACAAAUGGAUAUUUGGGUAAAAAGAAAUUGGAAGAAUACACUGAAGAAUAUCACCGGGGCAGAGCUUCCUUUGGAAUGUCCUCAUUCAAUCUCAGCAAUGCCAUCAUGGGCAGUGGCAUCUUAGGGCUCUCCUAUGCCAUGGCAAACACAGGAAUUAUCCUUUUUGUAGUUCUGCUGCUCAGCGUAGCAAUCCUGUCGCUCUACUCGGUCCACCUCUUACUGAAGACAUCAAAAGAAGGAGGAUCAUUAAUAUAUGAAAAACUGGGAGAAAAGGCAUUUGGCUGGCCAGGGAAGUGUGUUGUUUUCAUUGCAAUUACAAUGCAGAACAUAGGAGCAAUGUCAAGCUACCUCUUUAUUAUUAAAUAUGAACUUCCUGAAGUGAUCAGAGCAUUUAUGAAACUUGAAGAGACUUCUGGAGAAUGGUACCUAAAUGGCAACUACCUCAUCAUACUUGUAACAAUUGCAGUUAUUCUUCCCCUCUCCCUUCUAAAGAGCUUGGGUUAUCUUGGUUACACGAGUGGUUUUUCGCUGACCUGUAUGGUUUUCUUUGUCAGUGUGGUAAUCUUCAAGAAAUCCCAAAUAUCUUGUCCUCUCCCUAUCAUGGACCAUGGAGCUGAAAACUGGACUGCCACCAACAGCACGGUGCCAAUGCACCUGGUCAUGUUACCCAAUGAGUCUCUUGGUUCUGGUGUGAAUUUCAUGAUGGACAACACAGCUGGGCACUUGCCAGGCCUUGAGGAGCCAAAAGAUAUCUCUCCCCAAAGUGGUGUCGAAUAUGAAGCACACAGUGAUCAUGUCAGUGAUGCUUGUCAGCCAAAGUACUUUGUGUUCAAUUCACGGACUGCCUAUACAAUACCCAUCCUGGCAUUUGCAUUCGUAUGCCACCCUGAGGUGCUACCAAUAUACAGUGAACUGAAAGACCGCUCCCGAAAGCGGAUGCAGAAUGUCUCAAAUAUCUCCAUCACUGGCAUGCUUAUCAUGUAUCUUCUGGCUGCCCUCUUUGGAUACCUUACCUUCUACGGAGAAGUUGAAGAUGAGCUACUUCAUACGUACACCAAAGUGUACACCUUCGAUACCCUCUUGCUGUCAGUGCGCCUGGCAGUGCUGGUGGCUGUAACCCUGACUGUGCCUAUUGUCCUUUUCCCUAUCCGUUCAUCUAUCAGUGCAUUGCUGUUUCCCAGAAGGCCAUUCAGCUGGAUAAGACAUUUCCUGAUUGCAGCAGUAAUUCUUGCUUUUAAUAACCUGCUUGUAAUUUUUGUCCCUACUAUUAAAGACAUCUUUGGAUUUAUUGGUGCCUCUUCAGCAACCAUGCUGAUUUUCAUCCUCCCUUCUGCCUUUUACCUGCGGCUUGUUGAGAAGGAGCCCCUGAAGUCUCCCCAGAAGAUCGGGGCUCUAAUUUUCCUCAUAGUUGGCAUAAUCUUCAUGUUUGUGAGUAUGACUCUCAUUGUAGUGGACUGGAUUUACAAUGCCCCAGGUUUCAGACAUCACUAACCUGUGGAGGAAACCAAGUGCUUUUUAUACCAUAAAUAUUUGUAUUGUGUGCUUCGAAGGACACCUAAAUAGGACUGUUAUUCCUAGCUAGUAACUGCUAGUAACCCAAUGGACUCUACAUCACCCUUUUCACUAAGGAUCAUUAUUUAUGCAUUAGGAACCUGAGUUUAGCACUUCUGGCCAGGUGAAACGAAAUGUGUGGUGUGGAUGCUUUCUGUUUUCAAAGCCUAAAUAACUGUGUACAUAGUCCUAAAUAAUACCUUGGUGCUGCCCUUUUCAACCUCUCCCAUCAUGGUAAAUCACCACAGUUCCCAGAGCUCUGGAAAGACAAUGGCCAGAAAACCAUCCAGUGCCUUGUUUUCUACCUGAAGCUCGUGGAAGUGGCUGCCCAGCUCCAAGAGAAAGGGUACGGUUUCUGUAGGGGAUCUAAAAGGUGACUGCUCCCUAUCAACCUGUCUGUCAGAAAAAUGAUGGCUUUGACAAGCCAGUGGACCAGAUCUGUUGCCCAAUUCAUUACCCUCAGCAGGUGAUGGCUGUCAUACAGAAUACAGCUCUCUGGCACAGUCCCCGUGCUGGGGUGUGUGCUUGAAGAACAGGUGAGCAUUCCUGUUUGGUCAAGAAUUUCUACUGUGGGUUUUUGUUUUGGUUUGUUUUCUUUACUUUUUUUAAUUCUUGUGUGAGCUUGCAUCACUGAACAAGUUGUAUCCUCCAUAGAAACUUGUCUUCCAUUCUCACAGGAAUUUAAGGAGACCACAAGGUGUGGCAAAGCACCCUAUCCAGUAUUGUUCAGUACUUACGUAUUUGAUAAAUGUUCAGUGCAGGAAACUGUAAUUUGCUAUAUAUAAAAAUAUAUGUAUUUAUGUACAUAAAUAUUUGUUUUCCUCUAGUUAUAAAAAUGUUACUUUGUGGCAAAUGACUUUUGAAAAAUUUUUUACAUGUCACUGUUUUCAUAGCUAUACACUUAAUAUUGUUUUAAAGAAAACCUAUUGGAUUAGUGGGUUUGUAAAAGGUUCAUUUGUAUUCAGCAAUGUUUGAAAUAUACCUUUAGCAAGCCCUAAUCUUUACCUGUGUAAAAACACAUUCAGGUGUUUACUACUUAUGUUACAAUAAAUUGCAAGAUGUUUCCCUCUUGAGAAUUUUUAAUAGAUGCCUCAAAGUUCUGGAUUACCACUGUACACCACAAAUCUGGGUAAUGUGUUCAGCUGCUGUACCUUUCCUUGCCUAUGCAUACACUGGUAUUCCACAACAGACAUAAUUAAAGUAUGCAAAGGAAAAGACAUUGCUGACAAUCUCAAAUGUAUUGUGCUGUGCAGCUGUGCAGGACAGAAAAAAAAAAAUAAGGCCAAAUUCUGUGUUGCAUGGUGCUUAAGGUGCCCUUCAGAUUGCAGUUCUGGCUGAGUGGUGGAGUACCCACUACAUAUGCUCUCUGUGCAGGGAAAAAUAGCCAAAGAAGUCACAUUAGCACCACAGCAGAGGGAAGGAGUGGGAAGGUGCAGCUGUUGGUUUGAACACACUUAGGCAAAUCCAGGCUCAUGUAAUUGAAGUUUUUAUUUUCCAGCUUAGAAAGCUGUUGAGCACACACCUGAGAACUCAAAGCCAUAAAGCACACAAAAGUUGGCUCUGCUCACUCCUCAGCUUCACGCUAAAUUCUGUGUGUGCAUAUAAAUGUGUAUAUACUUGCAGGUUAACUGGAAAAGCAUAUUCAAAUAUAGAUUCCAUGCCAACUGCUACGUUUCUGAGCAGGAUUUUAUGCUCACUUGAGUACUGUAUCCUUAAUAUACUAGGAAACGCUUCCUUGUGAAAGCUAAGUCUGGCUUUGCAUUUUUUAAAGAAAAAGGUGCCAAUAAUCUCUUGGUCUAUUUCAAGCAGACUAAUACAAAUAAUGCUGCAUUAUUACUGAAAAUACCUUUAACGUGGACUAGAGUUAUUAGUCAUACAUCCGCACACCUCUUCUCUCUUAAUCUCAUUUCUGUUUUCUCAUUAAUGAGAGUUACACGUCUGGAAGACCUGAACUGUAACUUCGUAGUUACUUCAGAGCAGAAGCACAUAUCCUGACUGCAGCUGCACACAGAGACUAAGGAAUUUCUGCAGUCCACCUAAAAUAUAAGUGAUGUCAAGAAAAGUAACAGAAAUGCUCUGGAACAAUGGAAUAACUCACUGCCUUUUCAAGGCACGUCAAUGUUGGUGUCCAAACAAGAGGUAGAGAGUCUGCAAAACUUCCACUUUUCAAGUAAAAAUAUAUUGGUCACAGCUACAUGCAGCUGCUCCACACACUGGGAGUAGGAGUAAUAUUGCACACUAACUUAUUAGCAUUGCUGGGAAUGGUGGAUGUUGGAGUUUCUUGUUCAUUUUGUAAUGUUGACAAUAAGCUUUGUGAGGAGUUUUAUUACAAAACCAUCCAUGGUUAUAUAAUAAAUGAAUUUUUCAAAGAC